GUCUGCAGCUAGUUCUUGGUGGUGGUGCAGCUGCCCGGCUGGCUCUGUACGCCGUCCUUUUCCUUGGCCAUGGCCGUAAGCUGCGUCGGGACGCCAAAACUCAUGCCGCAACCGCAGCUUUUGUCGGCGUUAGGAUUGUCGAACCUACACACACGGACAGACAGACAGACAGACAGACAGAUACACACACAGACAUAUACAUCACAAAAAGCGCUCCAGGCGGCGGCCUACCUGAAUCCCCCGCCAAUGAGGUCAUCACAGUAGUCGAGCUGCAUGCCGAAUAGAUAAAGCAGCGCCUUGGGAUCGACGACGUACUUGAAUCCCUCAUCUUCGUAGGCCUCCACGGUAUCGCGCGGCCCGACAUCGGAGGCAUCGAUGAGGUCCAUCGUGUAGGAAAGGCCGCUGCAGCCGCCGCUCUUGACUCCCAUGCGUAGCACCAGAUCCCCAUCGCCAUCCCUCUGCUUCUUGGCUCGGAGCUCGGCUAUCCUCUCCAGUGCCUUUGGCGUGAUAUCGAUUGCCCGACGUGAUGUCGAGGCGCCACUUGACCGCACUGCCCAGCACAAAGCAAACGUGCUUGCGUGUUGGAUGCUCGUCCCACGACCUCUGUGGUGCCCACCUGCCAGUGCUCGUCUUAGCAACACAGGCCUCCGUGGUGCGUUGACGCUCGCAGGCGGAGCGACAAAGGCAGCGGAUCCUCGCGAUUGAAGAAAGCGCCUGGCUGCCUCACUUGGCAGCACCGCAGCAGCACCAAGGAUGAGGAAGAGAUUCCACAUUUUUCAAUCUUCUCAAGUGGCGGCGAUGGGCGCGUCUGUCGCUGUCGUCGUGGCGCCUCGACACGCGCCGAGACGGAC